AUGGAUAACCGAACAUACAUCAGAACCUUCCAGAUUUUGGCUUUUGCAAACUCUACAGAGCACUAUAGUCUUCUCUUUGCUGUAUUUUUCCUUAUUUAUACCACGGGCGUGCUUGGUAAUCUAGUCAUCAUCUCCGCGGUGAUUCUUGAUGUCCGAUUACACAUUCCUAUGUACAUUUUCCUCUGUAACUUGUCCUUGGUGGACCUCGUUUUUACGUCCUCCACUCUUCUCAAACUGAUGGACAUCUUGGUGACUGGGAAUAACUCAAUCACGUUCCAUCAGUGUUUCACACAACUGUACUUCUUUAUGUUUGCCGCGGGCACAGAAGACAUCCUGCUGUCUUGUAUGGCUUACGAUCGGUACGUGGCCAUCUGUAGGCCUCUACACUACCACCAUAUCAUGAAGAAGGAAAAAGUUAUCUUGCUCCUGCUGGGCACCAUGGCGUCCGGCUCCCUCAAUUCCGUAUUUAUGACCCUCUCAAUCUACCGGUUCGAUUUUUGCCGUUCUAAUGUAAUACAGAAUUUUUUCUGCGACAUUAAAGCCCUGGAGAAGAUAUCAUGCAACAACACGGGAUUCUACAUCGUCCUCUACAUAGAGACCUUGCUGCUGGCACUCUGCCCCUUUCUGCUGAGUGUGACGUCCUACGUUAAAAUAGUCCAAACUGUUCUGGGCAUCAAGUCAACGCAAGGUAGAAGAAAAGCCUUCUCCACCUGUACGUCCCACCUGACCGUAUUAUUGAUCUUUUAUGGCACAGGCGUAUGUAUGUAUAUGAGUCCUCCUUCGGAACACUUGGAGGUGCAAGACCUCGUGUUCUCUGUACUAUACACCGCGGUCACUCCUAUGCUAAACCCUCUGAUAUACAGCCUGAGGAACAAAGAGGUCAAAGGUGCCUUGAAGAGAAUUAUUAGUGUUAAAAUCUAA